CGAGAUGCUGUUGUUGUUGUUAUGGCAACAAACUUGUUCGUUUGAGCUGAGCAGCGCAUCGUCACUUUGACGUUUGCAUUUAAGUGUGUUUCUCCCAGAGCUUGUCGUUCAAGAUGAAGAUUGAAGAAGUGAAAAGUACGGCGAAAACCCAGCGAAUUUCGGCGCACAGCCACAUCAAGGGGCUGGGGCUGGACGAUAAUGGUACUGCCAUCGGCAUGGCUGCCGGCUUGGUGGGACAAAAGGAUGCACGUGAGGCGGCAGGGAUUGUCGUGGACAUGAUCAGGUCCAAGAAAAUGGCAGGCCGCGCUGUCAUGCUUGCGGGACCUCCAGGCACAGGAAAAACAGCAAUCGCCUUAGCUAUCGCUCAAGAGUUGGGCUCAAAGGUGCCAUUUUGUCCAAUGGUUGGUUCUGAAGUCUACAGCACAGAGAUUAAGAAAACAGAGGUAUUGAUGGAAAACUUCAGAAGAGCAAUUGGUCUCCGUAUCAAAGAGACCAAAGAGGUCUAUGAAGGAGAGGUGACUGAGUUGACUCCUGUGGAAACUGAAAAUCCUCUGGGAGGUUACGGAAAGACUGUGGCACAUGUCAUAAUUGGGCUUAAAACAGCGAAAGGUACCAAACAACUUAAAUUAGAUCCAUCUGUCUAUGAGAGUCUUCAAAAGGAAAAGGUAGAGGGAGGAGACGUAAUUUACAUCGAAGCUAACAGUGGGGCUGUCAAACGGCAGGGAAGAAGUGAUACAUAUGCAACAGAGUUUGACCUUGAGGCAGAAGAGUAUGUUCCUCUUCCUAAAGGUGAUGUACACAAGAAGAAAGAAGUCAUUCAGGAUGUUACUUUGCAUGACUUGGAUAUCGCUAAUGCAAGACCUCAGGGUGGACAAGAUAUUUUAUCUAUGAUGGGGCAGCUUAUGAAGCCCAAGAAAACUGAAAUCACAGACAAGCUUCGAAAAGAAAUAAAUAAAGUAGUAAACAAAUAUAUUGACCAAGGAAUUGCUGAGCUUGUACCUGGUGUUCUUUUUAUUGAUGAGGUUCACAUGCUGGAUAUUGAAUGCUUCACGUACCUGCACAGGGCCCUUGAAAGUGCAAUUGCCCCCAUUGUUAUCUUCGCCACUAACAGAGGACGCUGUGUUAUUAGGGGAACUGAAGACAUCCUCUCACCACAUGGUGUUCCAUUGGACUUGUUAGAUCGUUUGCUAAUUAUCCGUACUCUACCUUACUCUCGUGACGAGCUGGAACUUAUUCUUAAGCUUCGAGGUCAAACGGAGGGACUCGUGAUUGAUGAUGAUGCUCUUACAGUCCUAAGUGAAAUUGGAAGCACCACAACUUUGCGGUAUGCUGUACAACUUUUGACACCAGCAUCACUCACAGCACGAGUGAAUGGUCGUUCUAAUAUAGCCAAGGAAGAUAUUCAGGAAGUUGGAAGUUUAUUCUUGGAUGCCAAAUCAUCUGCAAAGAUUUUAUCCCAGAAUAAGGACAAGUUUAUGAGUUAAAUCUGCAAGACUGUGUAGGGAUAAAUGUGAACUUCAUUCCCAAAAAUUUUACAACUAUCUCAAGUGCUUAAAAUUUGGUCCUCUGAUCCCAGUUAAUUUAGUCAUUUUUAAAAAAUGUAUAAAUAUAAGGUAAGCCAGUAGUC